AUGUAGAAACUUCUACUCAGCUAUGAGUGGGAACUACUACAAAGUGACCCCUUCACCGCCGAAGGUCGAAGGUUACGGCUUCAGGAAAGUCACCCAAGAAGAACUGGUUGACAUCGUUUCACGCCUUACGAAGCCAACCUACAACUCACGCAUAGAAAGCGACGAGUCCAACAAGGCUCACAACUUUCGAUAUGCCAAGUCAGCCCCGCCCCCUCACUCGCCAUCGUACUGCUCCCGUCGGUUUUCCGUCAAUUCUCAAGCGGGCCGAAUGUUACACGACAAGAAGCUCUCGGAGCACGAACUUCAGCGACUUAUUCGACGAAUUCGGCGUCCCACCAAGGCGUACCAGCUUUCUCGGAAGGAUUAUGAGACGGACGACGAGCUUUCAAUACCCCAUAGCCGACGUCCAUCGACGGCCGCUCCGUCUCGACGCAACAAUAUGUCUGCAUCCGAGAGGAAAAAAGCGUUCUCUCAGCUGUCACGACCGACGACGGCUAGUAGAGGUAAAAGCGUCGUAGAAUGUCACCUGUGCACUGAAGAGGACAAAGAACUCAACCACACUCUCUUGCCUUUCGACUACCCGUACGCCGACGACAGGAGUGUCACCAUAGAGGAAGUCGGAAGCAUCAUCACUAGGGUCAGUUCUCGGACACAAGCAAGCGAAAAAGGCGCAACUCCGUGUUGGAAGGCUCCACCCGACUACCGCCGUCUACGCAUACAGUCAGAGCAUCUACCGCUGGUCAGUGGUCUCGGCAGAAGCAAAAGCGUCGCUCAGAUUGUCGCCAGGCUGCAUUCAAGCAAGGGUAACAGCCGCAGACAGCAUGGCUGCACUCCACAAGCAACCGCUGUGACAGAUUUCUGUGUUUGAUGAAAGCUCAUCUCUGACUUCUGACAGAAAUAGUAUGCAAUCUUACGCACUGCAGGAAAUAUAAUAU